CUGCCGGCCAAGUCGCUGAAUCCGUGCCGCGGCAUUCCACCUGCAUCCACCCUCGCUCGACUUCUCAACACAUUGGCAUCUGAUAAAGACCCUGGAUCCCCCGCGGUCCCUCCAUCGCUAGCCACCAUGGCCACCCUCACCCAUGCCUCGUCGACGGCCAUUGACACCUCCGCUGCUGAUUCCGCCACACAACAGCGUGGGCGUCGUCUCCAGCAGAAUGGCAGUGCCUCGAAGCAGGCCAACGACGCCAGCCACAGGCGGACGCGCAGCAAGGACUCCAAGUACCGACAUGUCUUUGCAACCCACUCGGUCGCUCGCACCACCUGUCUGAGCCACGAGUCCACGGACACGCCAAGCUUCGUGGGCUUCAGGAACCUGAUGAUCCUGGUGCUGAUCGUCUCCAACCUUCGCUUGAUGAUGGUCAACCUCCAAAAGUACGGCGUCCUCAUCUGCAUCAGCUGCCACGACUACCGCCGAUCCGAUGUCGUCAACGGCCUGCUCCUCUACCUGCUCGUCCCAGCCCAUUUGUUUGUCACAUACCUCAUCGAGCUGGUAGCGUCAUGGCAGGCACGGCGCGCCCACGCAGAGAUAUCAGAAGACGGCGAGGACGACACACCUGAGAAGUAUGCAGCUGCCCUGGAGAGCUUCAACGCGACCUGGCACACGGUCGCCAUCUUCCACGGCGCCAAUGCCGUCUUCAACCUGUACAUGGCAACCAAGGUCGUCUACCACGACAUCUUCCACCCAGGCAUCGGCACCCUCUGCGAGAUGCACGCCGUCAUCGUCUUCCUCAAGUGUGCCUCGUACGCCUUCACCAACCGCGAUCUGCGACACGCCUAUCUGCACCCGAAGCAGGCCGAGCCUCUCCCAUCGCUCUACGACUCGUGCCCGUACCCGCAGAACAUCAACUUCAAGAACAUGUGCUACUUCUGGUGGGCCCCGACACUCGUCUACCAGCCCGUCUACCCACGCACCUCGCACAUCCGCUGGGGCUUCGUCUUCCGGCGCCUCGUCGAGGUGCUCGGCCUGAGCAUCGUGGUCUGGAUCGCCUCUGCACAGUACGCCGCGCCUCUGCUGCAGAACUCGCUGGACAAGCUGCUCACGCUCAACCUGACGGCCAUUCUCGAGCGCGUCAUGAAACUCAGCACCAUCAGCGUCUUCUGCUGGCUGUGCGGCUUCUUCGCCCUCUUCCAGUCGUCGCUCAACGCCCUGGCAGAGAUUAUGCGCUUUGGCGACCGCGAGUUCUACGGCCCCUGGUGGAACGUGUCCUCCAUCCGCACCUACUGGACCACGUGGAACAAGCCCGUCACAAACUUCAUGCGCCGCCACGUCUACUCCCCGCUCGUCGGCCGCGGCGUCCCGCCCCCUCUUGCCCAGAUCAUCGUCUUCUUCUUCUCCGGCCUGCUGCACGAGCUGCUCGUCGGCGUCCCCACCCACAACGUCAUCGGCGUCGCCUUUGUCGGCAUGAUGGUCCAGAUCCCGCUCAUUGCCCUGACGGACGUGAUCCAAAAGAUCCGCGGCAUCGACGGCAAGACGGCCGGCAAUAUGAUUUUCUGGGUCAGCUUUUGUCUCGUCGGACAGCCACUCGGCGCGCUGCUGUAUUUCUUCGCGUGGCAGGCCAAGUAUGGGAGUGUGAGUAAGCAGUUUGAGGCUAGCAGGGCGGGGGGCAUUUUCACCAGACGGUAGGGCAUCUGGUCCUUUUAAAGUGUGUUCAUGUUGUUAUUGUUGUUGUCAUUGUACUCGAACAAUCCACUAGCCCG